GCAUAUUGGUGUUUGGUGAGUGGUGAUAAGUGCCCAACAAUCGGUGCAUGGUUGGUUGGUUGGUGAGAGAGAAGGGUAGGAGAGGAAACAGACGUGAUUUUAUUAUUACUCCUUUUUUGAUCAACUAACUAGAGCAGAUAGGUAAUGCGUAAUGAUAUUGAAUUGAUACAUAGCAUAAAUAACAAUCCAAGUGUAGAAAGAGUGACACAUGAUAAGUGAGUCUGAACUCGGUCUAGCAUUAGAAAAGACAGACAAGACAAGGUGUUGUUGGAACAUAUAACAAGGAAUAUCGUUGGUUGCAAAUGGGAGGGUACUCUACGAACCCCGCGGACUACAAGCUUCUAGAAGAAGUUGGUUAUGGAGCCACCGGCACCGUCUACAGAGCGAUCUAUCUCCCCUUCAACCAACUGGUGGCCAUCAAGUCCUUCGAUCUCGAUCGCUGCAACGUCAAUCUCGACGACCUGCGCAGGGAGGCCCAAACCAUGAGCCUCAUCGACCACCCCAACGUGGUGAGGGCGCUCUGCUCCUUCGCCGUGGACCGGAGCCUCUGGGUGGUCAUGCCCUUCAUGGACCAGGGCUCCUGCCUCCACCUCAUCAAGAUAGCUUACUCCCACGGCUUCCAUGAAGACGUUAUCGGAUCCAUCCUCAAGGAGACUCUCAAGGCCCUCCACUACCUCCACCGCCACGGCCACAUUCACGGCGACGUCAAGGCCGGUAACAUUCUACUCGACACCUCCGCCUCCGUCAGGCUCGCCGACUUCGGCGUCUCCGCUUGCUUGUACGACAACGCCGGCGACCGUCACCGUUCCAGAAACACUUUUGUUGGAACCCCUUGCUGGAUGGCUCCUGAGAUGCUGCAACCUGGAAGUGGCUAUAAUUCCAAGGCCGAUAUUUGGUCUUUUGGGAUUACGGCACUUGAGUUGGCUCAUGGCCAUGCUCCAUUUUCAAAAUAUCCUCCAAUGAGGGUUCUCCUAAUGACAAUACAGAAUGCCCCUCCUGGACUUGAUUAUGAUCGAGAUAAAAAGUUCUCUAAGUAUUUUAAGGAAAUGGUUGCUAUGUGCCUGGUAAAAGAUCAAACAAAAAGGCCAUCAGCAGAGAAGUUACUGAAACAUUCCUUCUUCAAACAUGCUAAGCCUCCCGAGCUCUCUGUAAAGAAAUUGUUUGCUGACUUACCACCUCUUUGGAAUCGUGUAAAAGCCCUCCAGCUCAAAGAUGCAGCACAACUAGCAGUGAAGAAAAUGCCUUCUACAGAAGAAGAGGCAAUAUCUCGGAGUCAAUAUCAACGAGGAGUUAGCGCGUGGAAUUUUGAUAUUGAUGAUUUGAAAGCUCAAGCUUCAUUGGUGAGGGAUGAUGAUGAUAUUGCAGAGAUGAGGGAAGAAGCUGAAAAGAAAUUUUUUACUAAUUACAAGGCCAUUGCAAUUGAUUCCCAGUCUGGUACUGUCAAAAUGAAUUCAGAGAAAUCACCACAGAAUAAAAUCACAUCACAGGUAGGUGCUUUUGACAUAAAACAGACUGAGCAGGAUGAAUACUUGAACAAAAAGGAGAAGAAUCCCAAAAGUGAUCUCCAGGAACCUGGAUUGCCCAAAAAUAUUAUUUGGAAGAGAAAUGGGUCAAUUACGGAGGCAACAACAUCUACUCUAGAGAAAGAUAUAGGUAUGUGCAAAAUCAAAGGUCAAUCCAGGAAAAUCCGUCAAACCCAAAGUGGACCGCUGUUGCCAGGCACUGUUCUCAGUCAUUCUGCAUUAGAAAGGGGACGAACAUUAGAAAGGCUUGAGAAUGGAAAUCAGUUACUGGGUGAGAAAAAUAACCAUGAAGCGCGACGAGCGCCAAGUUUUAGUGGUCCAUUGAUGCUUCCAAUGCGAGCUUCAGCAAAUAGUUUAUCGGCUCCAAUAAAGUCUUCUGGAGGAUUCAUAGAUUCCUUGGAUGACAAGUCUAAGGCUAAUCUAGUGCAAAUUAAAGGGCGAUUCUCUGUGACAUCAGAAAAUUUAGAUCUUGUGAAGGAUAUUCCCGUAAGUUCAGUUUCACGCCGAUCUUCACAGGGAUCAGUAUCACCACUGCAGAAAUCUGCCAGUGUUAGUGAUUGGAUGUUCGAUUCCAAACAAAUGUCCACCAAAGAUUCUAUCACCAACGGUAUCUCUGCAUCAUUUCUUACAACUCACCUUCAAAAUCUUUUACAGCAAACAUCUAUUCAACAAGAUCUUAUAAUGAAUCUGUUAAAUAGCUUGCAAUCUGCUGAAGCAAUUGAAGUUUCACAGAAUGGGAAGUUGCCACCAUUACCUCGCAGUUCAGAAAUCAAUGGAAGUGUUGAUACAGCAGCUUCAGAGAGGGAACGUCUUCUGCUGCUCAAAAUUUCAGAGCUUCAGACUCAGUUCGAUGAUCACUUUGACUGGUGAGCUGACAGCUGAGAAGUUAAAACACAUGCAGUUGCAACAACAGCUAAUUCUCUACAGUCAGGAACAAAAUAGGGACAAGAGAGAUGAAGUUGCAUGAAAGCUGAUUAAUUAUGAUCUGAUCUUUCCUUAAUGAACAUCCAAUUGACUGAUGAACCUCUGCCAAAGCAGAAUGGCUUUUGGAUAUUGAAAAAUAAGAGUUGCAUAUCUUCUGCAAUCCAACUUGCCUUGCCAUCAAUAAGUUUCUAUGAAUAUCUAUAGUUCGGCAAGGCCAAUAUACAGAGUUACAGACAUAAUUUCUCAAAAGUUAAUCUCAUUUAUUUCAUUCAAAAUUCCGAUGUAACCGAGCUCCCUGCUGUAUCUUCUGCAACCUGGUAAGUUUGCAGAUCCAUAACGGGUUGUUGUAAAGAAAUUUAUUGGGACACAACCCGUGGGGAAUUAAUGUAUGAUAUAUCACUACAUAUUGAACUGUUAUUUUCAUAGCAGCUAAAGCUUGUAUAUGAUUAAUUAACGUGUUGUUGUACCAAUUGAAAAGGCUGUA